UUUAAAACGACGUGUUAUAAUUUUUAUUUUAUCAAAAUAUUAUUUUACAAAGGACAAAUUCCUGAUAAUGUUAUUUACCCAAAAAAAGAAAAAGAAAAAAAAAAGAAGGAAAGUAAAGAGAGAGAUAAGAGGAAUUGGUGCGGUGAACUUGGAAUAAGAAGGAAUGAAAAAGAAAGAGGAAUAAUUAAACAUCUUUGCACUUCUUUUUCUUUUUCCUUCUUUUGCGCUCAUCUCUCCCUUUCCCCUCUUCUUCUUUCUUCCGCCUCCUUCAUCGUCUUCUUCUUUUUCUCUUCUUCUUCUUCUGCCUCCUUCAUCAUCCCUCCACUCACUUCUGUUCCCCACCACGUCUGUCUCUCCACUUCCCCUUGUCCCCCACGUUUAUUCCUCGCUUCGUCUCUCUCAUACGCUCCUCCUUUUACUUUAAUACAAAUGAAACCUUAUAAAUAAAACGGGAGUUAAUCCAGAAGGGGGGAGGAUUUUCAGUUUUUGGGGAGGGAACUGAGCAUCGUUUUAGAAAAAGAGGGAUUUUUGUUGAGCAAGAAACCUAAGAAACUUGGACAAAAGAUCUGGAAUCUACAAAUUUUCCUUACAAAAACACAAUUACUUUAAUCGGGUUCGUUCGAGUUCGAGUAGAGAUCCGAGAUUCAUACCCCGUUCACUGCACCUACAAAAGGUAUGGAUUUGCAUUGGAGUACAAUGAAUGACGAAAACAUCACAAAUGGAGUUAGAAGUUAGACAUAGGAAACUGUAUUUACUUAGAUUAGGAAACACUCCAUGUUGUAUUCAUUUGAUAUGUAAUAAAUAUCCACAACUUUUGUACUUUUUUUUUGGGAAAUAGAAUUUGUUUAAUUAAUCAAAGUAACGGGAUGACGUAUUAUGGCACACUUUACCCUUCAAACAAACGUUAGGCCUACCUCUGGCACAAAGAGGUCACAUGCAUAUUAGGACGCGUUAUUGUUUGAUAUACUUGUUUGACUCUACUUGAUAAAUUAUUUGCUACAUGCCUUACUUGACUUUACGUGAUCAUGACUUUACCUAGAUAUGUUCAUGAGACUAACAUCAUUCAUACUGUAUGUUUCUUUUAUCUUAUUCCCAAGAAGAGAGUUGAUUUGUGUUCACACUCGAUGGCCGACCAUCCUUACAUCACGAGGUCAAAGACGUCAUCGCUACCUGAACGUAGUUGGGUUGUCCAAGGAAAUGAAAUUACUAUGUCUGAUCCGGCCGCAUCUAUUCCAAUUGGUGUAGAAAACAUCGUGACCUCUAGCGAUCCGCCCGAGACUUCCGAACACGGAACUGCUAUUCAACGGGAUGAACAUAUCGCCCGCCUAACUCAAGAAAUUGAGAAUCUACGUGGAGAAUUAAAUCGGGUUAGGGACUUGACCAAUUUAUCCAUCACACUCCAAAAUUCACCUCCUGAACCUAGAAAUACUGCGCCAGAACCACCUCGUUUCCCAUCACUCGAAUCCCCAGUUCCUGAGCAUUUCCCUCCCCAAAACAAUACACCUACCAACAACAACUUACCUCCGAUCACCCCCGCAAAUCCACCAAAUCCAACAUCCGUCUAUACUCCCCCACAAAGUCAACCAACCACCUACACUAACUAUACUUCUCCACAAAGUCAACCACCCACCUACACUAACUAUACUCCUCCACAAAAUCAACCACCCACCUACACUACUUAUGCUACUCCUAAUCCACAACCCGUCAACCCAGCAAGUCAAUCGCUAGUUCACACUCCCUAUGUUCCUUUGCCCACCAACACUAAUCCACCACCUACAAUUACUCCUCUAAACCCACCAAAUCAACCACCUACAAACACCACUUAUAACACACCACCUCCGGUCCAAAACACCCCCAUCGCCCAAACUUAUCCAACCCAGCAUAUGCACGGGGCACACUUUGUCACCCCAAAUGCACAAUAUGUUCCUCCGGUAUAUGCCACAGAAACACAAGCCUUUACCAACCCAGUAACGGUCAGGUUCCAACCCGAGGUGGAUCAAUACGAAGAAAUAGAAAAGGAUGCAAAGGCAGGGGCAGAUAACAUAUUGCUAAAAGAGAUCCACAGUCUCAAAGAAGCAAUGAGAAACCUUCAAGUUGCUAGGGGAACUAAGAGUGUGGAAUACGAAGAUCUUUGUGUUCAACCUGACGUCGAUUUACCCGUAGGCUACAAACCGCCGAAAUUUGACACAUUCAAUGGAACAGGCGACCCUCAUACACACUUAAGGGCUUAUUGUGACAAAUUGGUUGGAGUGGGCAGAGACCAGAACAUAAGGAUGAAGCUCUUCAUAAGAAGCUUAUCUGGCGAAGCACUUACUUGGUAUACACAACAGGACGUCCGUAAAUGGCGUGGUUGGAGUGACAUGGCGCAAGACUUUAUGGACAGAUUCAGUUUCAAUAUCGAUAUCACGCCGGAUAGAGUCUACAUGACUAAGUUGACUAAGAAAGUAGCUGAGACAUUCCGCGAGUACGCGUUACGUUGGAGAUCAGAAGCAGCCAGGGUUCAACCUCCGAUGAAUGAUAGAGAAAUGACUGCUACCUUCAUUGAAUGCCAGACUGGCAUAUUUUACGAGAAAAUGAUAGGUAUGAUGGGACAAAAAUUCACAGAAGUUGUCUGAAUGGGAGAAGCCUUAGAAGAAGGAAUCAAAUCGGGGAAAAUUCAGGAUCUUAUUGCUUUACAAGCAAUAAACAAAGCUAUUUAGUCUGGUUCUAUCAACGGGGUUAAAAAGAAAAAAGAAGAUGUCGCUACAGUCAUGAACGCCUGAGGGCAUGAGCCGAGCCAAGCCAUUCCAUACUUUGACCACCCACAACAACCUUUCUACCCUUACCACUAUCCUGAACCCUACCAAGCUCCACUACCUCCUUACCCUGUCUACAACACCCAAGCUAACUACUACCAACCCCGAGCACCCCCACAUCAAAACCCACGUCCGUAUAAACCCAACCAAGCUCCAGCUUACCAAAAUCGACCACAUACUAUACCUAGAGCCCGUCCAAACCCUGACACCAAAAACACCCGUAAUUACACUCAGAUCACUGAACCCUUGGCUCAAUUGUUCGAAAGAAUGAAAGCAGCAGACAUAAUACAACCGAUUGAAGGAAAAAUUCCCGAACCUAUCCCAAAAUGGUUUGAUGGUUCCAAACGCUGUGCAUACCACUCUGGAGUUGUUGGGCACGCCACUGAAGAUUGCUAUGGUCUUAAAAACAAAAUCGAAGCCCUGAUUAAGGAAGGAGUAAUCCAGCUCGCUGAAGCUAAGCCCAAUGUGGUCAACAAUCCUUUUCCUGCUCACGGAGAUGCCAAGAUUUGAAGGAGUCCAGUGCGGAAAAGGUCAUAUCAUCAACUUUUUCCGUUCCCGUGAACAAUCCAAAGACAAACACACAUGAAGAUUACUGCUACAACGACUUACAACAUCGAGACACCUAUCACACGAAGUGCCGAACCAGGGAAGACUCUGAAGAAUUGGACUUGUACUCCGUCCUCGAUCCGUCGGGAGCCUUGGUAGCAUGAACAUGUAGUGAACUUGUUUUCUUUUAUUGACGCUUGAACCGU